CGGGCGGGCGGAAGUGGGCGGUGGCGGGCCAAAGAUUGUUGAGCAGAACUCCUCCAGGAUCUUUGGGGCAGACGGGGCCGGCGCCAUGAUCCCCAGUGAGGACGCGGCCGUCCGCAAGCGGGACAUCGAGGAGAGGCUGCGGCAGGAACAAGAAACAUUGUCAUUUAUUAGAGAAAGCUUGGAAAAAAGUGACCAACUGACAAAAAACAUGGUUUCCAUCCUUUCCUCGUUCGAAAGCCGGCUGAUGCAACUGGAGAAUUCCAUCAUUCCGGUUCACAAGCAGACGGAGAAUCUCCAGCGUCUGCAGGAUAACGUGGACAAAACGCUGUCCUGCCUGGACCACGUCAUCAGCUAUUACCAUGUAGCCAAGGACACAGAGAAGAUCAUCAAGGAAGGUCCUGCUGGCAGGCUGGAAGAGUACCUGAGCUGCAUGGCAAAGAUCCAGAAAGCCGUGGAGUACUUCCAGGACAACAAUCCAGACAGCCCUGAGCUCAACCGGGUGAAAUUUCUCUUUGAAAAAGGCAAGGAAUCUUUAGAGUCUGAGUUCAGGAAUCUGCUCACUCGCAACAGCAAACCGGUGCCAUCAGUCGUCAUCCUGGACCUGAUCGCUGGUGACGACGACAUCGAAACCACGGAUGAGAUGACCCUGGAGCAUCUUCCUGAGAACAUAUUGCAGGAUCUGAUCUGUAUAUCAGGGUGGCUGGUGGAAUACGGCAGGAACCUAGGGUACGCCCUGUGCAGCAGUGAUUUUAUGAACGUCUACUACCAGAUCCGCUCCAACCAGCUGGACCGCUCCAUCAGAGGCCUGAAGGAGCACUUCCGCAAGAACAGCUCGUCCUCCGGCAUCCUCUACUCGCCCGCCAUGCAGAACAAGAGGAAGGACACCCCCAGCAAAAAGGCUAUCAAGCGACCAGUCUUCAUCCCAGGCACAAUCCGUAAGGCUCAGAACCUUCUGAAACAAUAUUCUCAGCUGGAUGGCAAAAAGGGUGUUUCUAAUCUUGCUCCCACCGAAGGUCAUGAUUACGAGUUGCGACCUAAACAUCUGUCUGAGCCGCUGAGUGACAAGCAUGGCCCUCCUGCCGGGAAGGAGGAUAUAAUGGACAGUGAAAUCGACUCGUACAUUCACUGUAUCAGUGCCUUUGUAAAGCUGGUUCAGAGCGAGUACCAGCUCCUCACCGACAUCAUACCUGAGCACCACCAGAAGAGAACGUUUGACUCCUUGAUACAGGUAAGACUCUCCGUCAAAAUGGAAGGGGGAAGAACAAUUGUGUCCACAACCCGCCCUAUAAUCACCAGGCAAUACAAUCACUAUUCGGCAGUCCCACACUCAAUCCCUAUCCUCAAGCACCUCAAGCUGAUGAAACAGGAAUUUGAUCAGGUUCUGCAGGGCACAGCUGCCAGCACCAAAAAUAAAUUGCCAGUGCUUAUCACAUCCAUGGAGACCACGGGAGCUAAAGCUCUGGAAGAGUUUGCAGAUAGCAUUAAGAAUGACCCUGACAAGGAAUACAACAUGCCCAAAGAUGGAACUGUCCACGAACUCACCAGUAAUGCCAUCUUGUUCCUUCAGCAACUGCUGGAUUUCCAGGAGACGGCCAGCGCAAUGUUAGCGUCUCAGGAGAUCGGCACCUCGAGCAGCUCCUACAACUCUGAGUUCAACAGGCGACUGCUUAGUAACUACAUCUGCAAGAUACUGGGCAACCUACAGCUGAACCUGCACAGCAAGGCCAAGGUGUACGAAGAUACAGCACUGGGCGCUGUGUUCCUGCUCAAUAACUUUAACUAUAUCCUCAAAUCUCUGGAGAAGUCGGAAUUAAUCCAACUUGUGGCGGUUUCGCAGAAGCACCCGGACAAGGCGUACAGGAGCCACAUCGAUGAACAGCUUCAGACUUAUCAGCGCAGCUGGUUAAAAGUCACGAUGCCUCUUACCGAGGGUAACCUGCCUGCCUUCCAGCCCGGAACUAAAUUAAAAGAUAAAGAAAGGCAGGCGAUUAAAGACCGAUUUAAGGCAUUUAACGAUGGCCUGGAAGAACUCUGCAAGAUCCAGAAGUCGUGGGCUAUCCCGGACAAGGAACAGAGGGAUACGAUCCGGCGAGCACAGAAGGAGAACGUGACUGUGGCGUACCGAGUCUUCUGGCAGAGGUACUCAAACGUUCCCUUCACCAAGAAUGUUGAGAAAUACAUGAAGUACAAAGUGGAGCAGGUUGAAGAGAUGAUUGAGAAGCUCUUUGACACUUCAGCCUGAAGGUCCAGUGUUGCUCUCGUUUGCCAAUCUGUUCAUUUAUGUAAAUAAACUUGUAUUCAUUGAAUCAAA